AUGUCCAAUAGUUGGCAUCCUAACCUUCGUUCCCCUGAUACAACCACACAAUCUUUAGAAAUCUCAAAUAUAGCAUAUAUGAAUGACACUACAUUAAUCUUAAACUCUCAAGAAAAUUUAAAUUCUCUUCUCAAAAUUACUGAUAGUUUUAAUCAUUUAAAUAAUAUACUCACAAAUGAUGAUAAAGGAAUCCUAAUAACUACAGCCAAUCCAUCCUAUAUUCUAUAUUCUACACCCUAUAAUCCUAACUUCUUAACUUCUC